AUGGAUCAGUCCAUCUCGCCUGACGAUGGCACGGGUAUGCCGCGACCCGUGCGAACUGCCUCGGCUGCAUCAUUCGAUAGUCCCCAGAGACACCGGCGACGAAACCCCCGAGCUCGGCGUCCGGUGAAGGAAACGCUGGACGCCCGCUCCGAAUAUACGACCAGCCAGGAUGACGGCACGGCCGAGCACCAUAUCAAUCAAUUUGUGAUUAGGCAGGAGAUUGGGCGGGGAUCGUUCGGGGCUGUUCAUCUGGCUGCUGACCAGUUUGGGAAUGAAUAUGCAGUGAAAGAGUUUUCGAAAUCAAGGUUGAGGAAGCGUGCUCAAUCGCAUCUUUUGAGAAGACCGAGAGGACCACAACGACCUGGGACAGGGUUCAACUCACCUCUUCAUCGACACCCGUCCGGAGACGAUAACGAGAAUGCGAGAAACCCGCUUUAUCUGAUCAAAGAGGAGAUUGCGAUCAUGAAGAAGUUGAACCACAGUAACCUGGUCUCGCUGAUUGAGGUAUUGGACGAUCCGAAUGAAGAUUCGCUGUAUAUGGUCAUGGAGAUGUGCAAGAAGGGUGUGGUGAUGAAAAUUGGACUGGGAGAACGGGCCGACCCGUACGACGACGAGCAUUGUCGUUGCUGGUUUCGAGACUUGGUCCUAGGAGUUGAGUAUCUGCAUGCGCAGGGUGUUGUGCACCGAGAUAUCAAGCCUGAUAACUGCCUCGUGACAAGUGAUGAUGUGUUGAAGGUGGUUGAUUUCGGUGUCUCGGAGAUGUUCGAGAAGAAUUCGACUAUGUUCACAGCUAAGUCGGCUGGGUCGCCGGCCUUUCUGCCUCCGGAACUUUGCGUUGUGAAGCAUGGUGAUGUUUCGGGUAAAGCUGCUGAUAUCUGGUCAAUGGGGGUCACUCUAUAUUGUCUCCGGUAUGGAAAGCUUCCAUUUGAGCAACAGAACAUCUUUGAACUGUAUGAAAGCAUUCGGAGUUGUCAGGUGGUAUGCGAAGAUGAGCCGGACGAGAACUUUAAGGAUCUAAUGGGUCGCAUUCUGGAGAAAGAUCCGGAAAAGCGGAUCAAAAUGCGCGACUUGCGAGAUCAUCCAUGGGUGACAGCGAACGGGGCAGAUCCGCUGCUCUCUUAUGAAGAGAACACGGCUCAAAUCGUCGAGCCUCCAACCGAGGAAGAAAUGAACCAGGCUAUCACGACGAACAUGGGCUCUUUGAUGACAUUGAUGAAAGCCGCAAAGAAAUUCAAACGGCUUGUCGACCCUUCAAAAGCAGGACAAUCAAUGCAAAGCAUCCUGGGUGACGAGUACGAAGCACACUUUGUCGAACCACCCAUGGAAAUGGACGACAGUGAAGACUUCCCCGCCGUCGGACUCGACACAAAUGCCUCUGGCGGCUCCAACACAGGCCUUCGCAAAUUCUUCGGCCGCAACCCCAUGCUAGGUCGUAAAGAUUCCGCCGCCGAAAGCUCAGGAUACAGCUCAGGAAGCAUCUCCUCCCGACCAGAUUACAGUCCAUCCAGCAGCCGCUGGCCAAGCGGCGUCUUUGAGCCCGACCGUAAAGACUCAGGCUCAAUACGUAGCGGUCGAUCAACAGGCAAAGACUUCACCAAUUCACAAUCUGCAUCACCCCACCCGGCCCUCUCACGCGCCAGUUCAGCAACAACAAAGCGAAGCAUUGAAGGAACAAGAGGCCAUGCGCGUGAUCCCCUAGAGGAAGACUUCCCGUACCUCUUCAUCGGCCCGUCUACAUAUACGGGUACCACAGAACACGACUCUACCAUUGAUGAUGAACCGCCCAUCUUUGCCGAACCCGAACCCGAACCCGAAAGUACAGACGACGUCGACGUAUUUGCAGAACCAAUGCCAAUAGUCAGCGAAUCGCCCGGCGCCGCAGAAUUCGACAUCUACGAAACGGCCUACCGUCGAGAACUCGAGCGUAUCGAAACAGACACGCACCCCGGCGCCGGACCGAAGGUCUACCUUAAUCGACGAGUACGAAAUACCCACGACGUAUUGAAUUUCGUUAAAGACAAAGCUUUGGAUCUGCAGAUUGGACAGAAGAAGUUAUUCUCUGCGUUUCCGCAAGGUCCGGGUGGAUUUAGUGCUGCUGUUAGUAUGCUUAGGAGUCAGAUGAAUCAGGAGGAAAAGCAGAAGAAGGAUCAAGAACCAGAGGGACAGGCACAGGACCAGGAACCGGAGCAGGAACAGAGAUCUGAAGAGGGAACGACCGAACGGCGCGAAUCAUACCCGCCAUCCUCAUCUCUGUCCUCGCAGAGUCAGUCUGGUCCCGAGGCAUCGCUAAACGAAGCGACGGGCGUAUCUGUUCCGGAGUCGAGUGCUGGAGGCGAGGACUCGUUGAGACGGUUGUUAGAUCGUGUGUGUGAUAAGUAA